AUGGCGAGCUUCCGGCGGUUCAGGCCUGACGACGUCAACAAGUUCUCUAAAUGCAACCUCGACCCGUUGACUGAGACAUACGAGCUUGGCUUCUACCUUCAGUACUACACCAAAUGGCCAUCGCUUUUUCAGGUUUGCGAAGACAUGGACGGCAACAUUGUCGGGUACAUCAUGGGCAAGGUCGAGUCGUCUCCGGAUGCUUACAAGUAUUCGGAGCAUUAUCUACCGUGGCAUGCGCACAUCACAGCGCUCACGGUGGCCCCCGAAGCCCGCCGCUUGGGUGUUGGCAGAAUCCUGACGGAACAGCUCGAGGCCGCAGCCGACGCCAAUGACGCCUGGUUUGUCGAUCUCUUUGUUCGCAAGAGCAACCACCGGGCCAUCGCCUUCUAUGAGAGCUUAGGCUACAGCGUCUUCCGCGUUGUCAAGGACUACUACGGGGAUCAUGCCACUGAUCCGGACAAGGACAGCGAGGACGCCUUUGACAUGCGCAAGUCAAUGCGCCGGGAUCAACAACGCCAACAUGUCAGGGACGACGGCAAGAACCACAUGGUCGACCCAGAAGAUGUCUGGUAG